AUGAAAAAUGUUAGCACUAAAAGGAGGAUUUGUACGUAUGAAUUUGAGCACUGCACAGUUUGUUAAUUUUCUAGGGAGGGUAACGGCAAUAAUUAUCGCGCGAACAGACUUCGCUGCUUGAUUCUCAAUAAUUAUCGCGCGAACAGAGUUCGAAGCUUGAUUCUCAGCUACUAUAAGUAGGAGAUAUGAAAUGCUGCUAAAAAAAAAAAGAUAAAGGAGUUUUCGAUUAACUGAUUCUCAGAGUGUGCGGUCUUUUAACAUGGGAGAUUCUACUGGAGGGAAUAAAGAUAAACGUCAUCAUGAAAAAGUGAAAAAAUGCCAUCAGGAAGUCGAAAAUUUGAUAUGUACUAUAAUAGGUGAUUGCGGUUAUAAGCAAAAUAGGAGCUGGGAAAAAAAGAUGGAAUUAGUAAAACAAGCGAAAGAGAAGGUCUUACAGUGGUUGCGACCGAUAGAAGCGAUGCAAGAGGCAAAGGUGGAGUCACAAGGCAUUGGGGCGGAGCUUAAGCAGAUGAUGGCCAUUCUGGAUCAAAAGCACCAAUCAAUGAGGGAAGCAAAGGUUUAUACUGUUGUUGCAAAUAUGCUGCAGAAAGUGGUGAAUUCUUGCUUAAGUAUAGCAGCAAAUGACAUUUUAAUCCAAGAGGGCCCUAAUCAGGUUCAAGGACAUAAUGGUGUUGGCUCGGAUACCUUUGAAAUAAAGGGGGGACAGUUAAGACUCAACUUUCCUCCAACCACUGAUUUUUUCCAAAUUAACCAAAAAGGAAAAAAUGCUGAGGUUCACAACCAAGAGAUGAUUGAUCAAGAGAAACAAGUAAAGGAAUUGAUUUUAACGAUAGGACUGGUGGCAGGGAGACUAGCAGAAUUAAAACUGGCAAUGAAAAAAACCAGCCAAGAGAUGGAUCUUGAGGUAGACUCUACUAAUGAAGGGUUUUUUGAUGAUCUGGAUGAUCUUCUAAAACAUGACAGUGGUUUUUUCGAUUUGGACAACUUUGAGAAAAGUCUUAUGGAUGUGACAGGCACCAGUAAUGCUGCAGCAAAUAAAACCAAUGUGAUGCUGUCACGUGAUAAGACCUGUUUUAUGGAAAACAACAUAGUUUUAAACUGCAAUGCCAGUGUGGUCGCUGAGAUAUUUCAAGAACAUCCUUAUGUUGCUGAAAACUUUCUAGUUGACCACCCUGAUUCGCAGAGCUUCUUUAUUAAUUCACUAGCUGAAGUCUACCGAAAGAUAAAAAGCGAGCCUGAGAUGCUCGAGCUGGAGGGCAUCAAAAGUAUGGAGCUAAAGGUUAAAGACAUGGAGCGCGUUGGUUUGCAGCUUUCAUGGCUAAAGGAGAUGUUGGCAGGUGUCUCAGAAAGUUUGGAGGAUAAGACAGAGAGGAAGAGGUUAUUAGAAGAGAUCAAUAGCUACGAAGAAAAGAGCAAUAGCUACAAAGAUAUGGCAAAAGAAGCCAAGCAGAAGCUGGCCAAGUUGGAGAAGAAACCUCGAUUUCGGUAAUUGCUUCUUGUGUUUUUCCUCGUGUGAUAGUAGGUCAAGAUCUAUUUGACGUUGGAUUAGAAUCUGAAAAUGUUUUACUGGGCUGUUGAUGAACUGAUAGCAACGCUUGUUUUUGUGUGUGAGGCUUUAUGUUUGAAUGCACUAUUCAAAUAAAGAGUCAAGACUUCAAAGAGUGUUAAGAACUCCAUGUUUAAUUGUUUAUGAAUCAUAGCACACUCUUUCCUGAAUAAUUUUUUUUGGUAUUUAAGUUUAUUCUUGAUAAUACCACACAAUUUGAUUGCAUGGUGUUGACCCCAACUUCUUGCUAAAAGUAGACUCUACAUUG